UCAUAUUUUUUAUAGUCAAGAUUUGAAGUGCCUAAUUUCAAAUGAAGUGUUUAAAUCUCACUCUGAAUGCUGUCGCUUUUUUUUUUUUUUUUUUUUUUUAAAUGCCGUACCAUACUGUACAUCCUCAAACUAUUUUUAUUGAAUGAGCAUUUUAGCAUCAUGUGCCCCCUCCCCCUCCCGUUCACGACGCGCCAGCAAAACAUUUCGGGCUGCGACUUCUUCAACAAAGUGUGCAGUCACCUGAAGCUGCUGGAGAAGGAAUACUUUGGCCUGGAGUACCGACACCACGGCGGCAACUACGUGUGGCUGGAGCUGCUCAAACCGCUGGCAAAGCAGAUCAAAUACGCCAACGAUCAGUUCUUCAGGUUCACAGUGAAGUUCUUCCCUCCCGACCCGGGACAACUCAAGCGGGGGCUGACUCGGUACCUUUUUGCUUUGCAGAUCAAGCGGGACCUGGCCAGCGGGAGUCUCACCUGUAGUGACAACAGCGCCGCCCUGCUGGUCUCACACAUAUUGCAGUCAGAGCUCGGGGACUACGACGAGGAGCUGGACUGUCGGCUCCUGGGGGUGAAGCGGUACGUCCCCAACCAGGAGUACCUGGACCAAAAGAUCCUCCGCUUCCACAAGAAACACAGAGGUUUGUCCCCGGCCGAGUCGGACGUCCACCUGCUGGAGUUGGCCAGGAAGAUGGACAUGUACGGCAUCAGGCCGCAGUCGGCCAGCGACGGCGAGGGCGCACGCAUCAGUCUGGCCGUCACGCACUGCGGCGUGCUGGUCUUUCAGGUAUGUUCUCGUCGUUUCACGGGAACUUUUCCCACUCCACGCUGGUCAGACAGAUUUUGUUUUGCUCAGGGAAACACCAAGAUCAACGUGUUCAGCUGGGCCAAGAUUCGCAAACUGAGCUUCAAACGCAAACAUUUCCUCAUCAAGUUGCACGACACCGUUGGGCCGACCCGAAAGGACACGCUGGAGUUCCGCAUGGCGACUCGGGAUGUGUGCAAGGCGUUCUGGAAGGCUUGCGUGGAGUGCCACGCCUUCUUCCGGCUCGCCGAAGAGCCCAAGGCGGCGCACAAGAAGAUGGCGCUGUCGUCCAAAGGCUCCAGCUUCAGAUACAGCGGGCGCACGCAGAAGCAGCUGCUGGAAUGUUUGGGAUCGAGCGAGAAGAAGCCUCCGCACUUGGACAGCGCUUCUCGGCAGUCGGACUUUGACUCCCGGCAGUGCCGAUCUUCUCCCGAUCUCCUCAAUGAUGUCGCCAGUCAAGUACGUCAAAAAAUGUCACAUAAUCAAUCAUAUUCAGCGCGUGCGUAUUCUUGUGAUGACGUGUACUUACCCAGCAGCGGGAGGGCGCCUCCUCUCGGUCCGCUCGUGCCUCGGCGCUCCGGAGCCCGGAGCGGGCCCGGCCGUACGGCACCCCGAGGUGUCGCGGCCUGGCCCGGGUCACGCCCCUCUCGUCGACGACCGCUGUUUCCGGCAACAGCGCGCGGCCGACCCGUCCCGGAGCAGCUGGUGCUCCUCUACCCCAACAGUCCCGCCUACCGCUACCGCCCACUGCUGCCGACGUUCCCGUUCCCGUACCUCUGGGACCGCGCCGCAUCUCUGGAGCGCUUGCCGCAGACGACGAGGAGGCGGCGGCACGGGCGGCCGUGGCCGUCUUUCUGCGGGCCGCCCGAGGCGGGUCUCGAGUGCCGCGCGGAGGCCGGGCACUACAGCGACGACUGCAACUUCCUCCCGGGGCUGCCUCGCCGAGCGGACAUCAAAUUUCACGUCCCCGCAUCCGAAUUCCGCCCGCUGGGCUACUACCCCCACUUGUCACGCCCCACCAGGCCCACCUUCCUGCCGCUCAACGCUCCGCCUCAGCCCGAACGCCCCGCCGGAAGCCACAGCGACUCCGAGCCCGAAGUUUUCUACCCGUACUAUUGCCCGCCGCCGCGGCCCGUCCGACCGGCGCGGAUGAGGCUCUCCUCCGGGAGCUUCCAGCUGGAUGAGGAUGACGAGGAGGAGCUGAAGAAAGAGGAGACCAAAGGCGCUACAAAGGUCACACUGUAGAC